AUGAAACUGCUCCCCCAUCGCCCCCCAUUUUUGAUGGUGGAUAAAAUCAUGUAUUUGGAAGACAAUAAGGUUAUUGGUGUAAAAAACAUCACCAUGAAUGAGCCUUUUUUUGUAGGCCAUUUCCCCGAUGAACCCGUAAUGCCUGGCGUAUUAUUGGUAGAAGCCUUGGCCCAAACUGGGGGCAUUUUGGUUUUAAGUGGUGUACCCGAUCCAGAAAAUUACUCCACUUAUUUUGUUAAAAUCAAUAAUGUUAAUGCCAAUGUUGAAAUUGGAGACAAUACUUGGAUUGGCCCCAAUGUCACCAUUUUUGAAGGCGCUCGGAUUGGUAAAGAUUGUAAAAUAUUUCCAGGCGCCGUUAUAUCGGCCGCCCCACAAGAUUUAAAAUAUAAGGACGAACCCACCCUUACUUAUAUUGGCGAUCGAACCGUUAUUAGAGAAUGUGUAACCAUCAAUCGAGGAACCAUUGCAUCGGGAUACACUAAAAUUGGCGACGACUGUUUGAUUAUGGCCACUGUACACGUGGCACACGAUUGCAUGAUUGGCAACCAUGUCAUUUUAGUGAAUGGCGUUGGAUUGGCGGGACAUGUCAUUAUUGAAGAUUGGGCCAUUAUUGGAGGCCUAACCCCUGUCCAUCAAUUUACCCGCAUUGGACAACACGCCAUUAUUGCAGGAGGAACAUUGGUUCGAAAAGAUGUGCCACCAUAUACCAAAGCGGGUCGAGAGCCCAUUUCUUAUGUGGGAAUCAAUGCUUUGGGACUUCGUCGACGUGGAUUCAAUGACGAAUCCAUUAACAACAUCCAAUUGAUUUAUCGCAAAUUAUUCCGAGAACAGGCCAAUCUUUCCAAAGCCAUCAAAGCCGUGGAAACCGAAGUUCCCAAUAGCGCUGAAAAACAAAUCAUCAUGGAUUUCUUAGAAGCC